ACACACACCCACCCAGAUAGAGCUUUAUUUAAUAAUUCCUUUCCCACAUUGAUUUGGUGUAAUACAUAAAUAUCUACAUUUAUUAUUUAUAUAUUCAUUCUAUUGCUUCAUAGUCGAAAUGUUUCAAAGUCGUAGAGUGUAGACCAAACCAUAUCCAAACUCUUUCCAAUUUCAUUGACGGUGUUUAUUGUUUGAAUAUUAUAUAUAAUAUUAUUAUAUAUUCUAGAAUAUAUAUAUAUAUAGGUAGACGAUAAUAUCAUCCAGAAGAAUAGAAGAGGUUUCCUUUGGCGGUCGAAAGAUUAUUACACUUACACAACAACAAAGAAUAAAAGGAAGAACAGAGGUGAUUGUGAAGAUCAAGAUAAUUAUUAAACAAAGUUAAAGAUUUAUGUGUGUUCUAAAGGUGGCGAACUCAAGAGACAAUAAGCUUAUUAUUAGCAAUAAUAAUAAUAAUAACAAUGGGGAGUAUAAUUGGUUAAACGAACCACCGCUGUUUUCUUCAGGGGAACCGAUAAUGGCAUCGGGUUUUGAGUUGAUGGAUAGGGAGAGGGAAAUGAAUGCCAUGGUCUCUGCUUUAACUAGAGUCAUUUCAGGGGAUUUACCCAAUUUUACUCAUCACCAUCAUCAUUCUGAUCAACGGUUGGAAAUGAGUGGUUCUGCCUCGUCUGUUAUGGGUUCGGGUUCAACUAGUAAAAGGGGAAGAGAUGAAGGAGGAAACGACUUGUCACCUGAGUCUUUUUCCAGACUUUGCAGGGGAUUUGGAGAACAUCCCUUUCCAGCUCAACCCUCUAAUAAUUCAGCAUUUCAAGAAACAUCAUACAUGUGGAGAAGCACAACCGUACCAGCACAAACGACGUCGUUCACUCCAACAUACGAGUACCACCAAGAAAUCCCUCAACCGGAACAACAAGAACAACCCAGAAGAAAAUACAGAGGAGUGAGACAAAGGCCAUGGGGGAAAUGGGCAGCCGAAAUAAGAGACCCUUUCAAAGCCGCCAGAGUCUGGUUGGGCACAUUCGACACAGCCGAGGCCGCCGCCAGAGCAUACGACGAAGCUGCUCUGCGUUUUAGAGGCAAUAAAGCCAAACUAAAUUUCCCAGAAAACGUACGGCUCCGGUCACCCCCUGGAAAUCCGGCGGUGACCCAGUUGGUUAUUUCCGAUUCCUCGAAUACCCUUUUGUCGGUUUCCACUUCGGCUGAGCCAAUCGUCCAUUCCCAACAAACUCAGCUUCGUAGUAGUAACAUGUCGAGUUCUUCCGAUGUAGUUUCGAGAAAUCUGCCGAGUUACUCUCCUCAUGUUUUGAAUUCAGAGAGUAGUAAUAGGACAAUGAGCUUGUAUGAUCAAAUGGUUCUUUCUCAUUCGAUAGCUUCACAACAUGUUUCUUCGCCGUCUUCUUCGUCUUCUUCUCCAUUUUUUUCUUCCGCUGUUUCUUCUUCUUCUUCUUCUCUCUCACCACAGUUUCCAACAUUUUGCGUUCAGCCGCCGGUUCAGCUCGGACCAUCUGCUUCUGAUAGUAACCCUUCAAAUUUGCCAGCUGAACGGUAGAAAAAAAAAAAAAAAACAGCUUCGAGUCAAAUACUAGUUCCUCAAUUUGACUAACUGAUUCGAGAACCAAGAAACUAGUUUAAUAUUCUCUUGGCAUUUGUUUGAGCUUUUCACCUCUCCAUUUGAACCGUUUCUUUUAGACUCUUCUGUAUACUUUUUACUAGUAAUUUACCUUUGAUUUUUUAUUGUAAUAUUACUUAAUUUAUAUUUUUGUAACAUAGUAUCUGGAUUGUAAGUAUAGGUGGUUAAAUUUUUAUUUUUA